CACAGAACUUUGAUUAGAAUACAUCGUCAAACAAACAACAACGUAGUAGAUCGAGAGCAGAUUUAUUUUGUGCUUUUGAAGAUGGUCGCAAAGAAGCUAAUAUUCGCUUUAUUCGUAGGUAUUUUAUGUUCGGUUUACGCCCGGUCUGUUUCCGUUAUUGGGGAUGUACACAUUGUGGCCGAAAAUGAUAACUUCCAAUGUGAUCAGUUAAGAUGUCCCCUGGAUGCCGAACGGUGCUUGGUGACCAAAGAAAAUGACCCCAAAGAUCCAUCGAUUUUAGUACGUACGAACAUAUGCUACUCGAAGAAUGGCGUUGAACUUGACAAAUUAUCGACGAGACAAACCGUGGAUCCAAAUAGUCAAAUAAAAGUGCGCAUUGAAGGUUAUCGCAACGGUCUGGUCAGUUCAAUUAAUAUUGGAAAUUCCGUAACUUCCAACGAUUUCGACUCGGAAGAAUUUGAAGCCGAAAUGGAAAAAUUUAAUCACGAUCUCAACAAAGGAAUGGAGGAAUUGAAUAAAGGUCUGAAUCAAAUGAGUUAUAAUUUGGCUCAUAUGUUCGAUUAAUUGCGGUUGUAGAUCGAGAAAAACUACCCAAUUUCAUAAUUAAAUUUAAACAUGUGAAAGACAUAAAAAAACUUUCUCCACUUUUAAGGUCUGAAAAAUAUUUUAGAUACUAGCUGAUUCCGUUUCGCUUAUUUUAACUUCGUCCUUCUAUGCUAACGCGUUGAAACUUUUAAAUUGACAAUAUUCUUUAUUUUAUUGUGUAAUGGGUUAAUAUUGGGCACAUUUCUUCAGAAACAUUUUUAAUAAACUUACUAACUGGCGACUUUGAUUUGAUUUAA